AUGAUACUAGAUUUGUUGAGGGAUGCAUUUACAUUUGCACGGAUCCCUCAUUCUUUUUAUGAGGCCAAGAAAACUAUCAGCAAGCUUUGUCUUGAUUAUAUCAAGAUAGAUGCUUGUCCAAAUGAUUGUAUGUUAUUUUGGGGGAAUGAUGCUAAUGAGGAAACAUGUAAGUAUUGUCACACUUCUAGGUGGAAGCCUGAUAAGAGAAGAAAUGAAGAUCUUGUGUCUGCCACAGGUAAGAAGAAAACCAAGAAGAAAACUAAGAAGCCCGCAAAGAUUUUGCGUUACUUUCCAUUAAAACCAAGGUUGCAGAGAUUGUUCAUGUGCUCUAAAAUAGCAAAAUAUAUGAGAUGGCAUGCUGAAGAUAGUAACAAAGAUGGAAUCAUGAGGCAUCCUAGAGAUGGUGAGGCAUGGAAGAGGUUUGAUACAACUUUUCCUGAAUUUGCCGUUGAUCCCCGGAAUGUUCGGCUUGGCCUAGCUAGUGAUGGAUUCAAUCCUUUUGGCACGAUGAGUACUAAUUAUAGCAUUUGGCCAGUCAUUUUAGUUCCAUACAACCUUCCUCCUUGGUUGUGUAUGAAACAAUCUAAUUUUAUUCUCUCAAUGAUCAUUCCUGGUCCACGUACGGCGGGAAACAACAUAGAUGUUUUCCUACAACCCCUUAUUAAGGAGUUGAAUGAGUUGUGGAGUGAAGGUGUCGAAACUUUUGAUUCAUCAAAGAAAGAUAUGUUUAGGUUGCGAGCUGCUCUUAUGUGGACAAUUAGUGACUUUCCUGGACUCGAUAUCUUAUCUGGUUGGAACUCACAUACUGGUUUAGCAUGUCCCACUUGUAAUUUUGAUGCAGAACCUUGUCGGCUUAGCCAUAGUAGAAAGUGGUGCUUUAUUGGUCAUCGUAGAUUUUUAGCAAGAAAUCAUAAAUUUAGACUGAUGAGACAUCGCUUUGAUGGAAAUGUGGAAGAAAGAAACCCACCCAGAAAGUUAUCCGGAUCUGAUAUUUUGCAACAAGUGAAAGAUAUUGAUGUUAAAUUUGGAAAACCGGCCGAGUUGAGUGAGAGAAGAAAAAGAGCUAGACAAAGAAAUAUUGGGCAAGGUGCAGCACAACAAUGGAGGAAAAAAAACAUAUUCUUUAAUCUUCCAUAUUGGGAGUUCAACUCAUUGCGCCAUAAUUUAGACGUCAUGCACAUCAAAAAGAAAGUGUUUGACAAUAUUAUAUAUUCUUUGCUCAAUGAUAAAGACAAGUCAAAAGAUAAUAUUAAGGCGCGGAAAGAUCUGCAAGAUAUGGGUAUAAGGCGUGAUCUUUGGCCCGAUGAGAAUGAUGAGUGUCGGCUUGCUGUGUUUACCAUUCCAAAGGAAAAGAAAGUGGCUUUCCUCACAACUUUAAAGAAUAUUUUAGUGCCGGAUGGUUACUCGAGUAAUAUUUCUGGUUGCAUUGAUCCGGACCAAAGGAGAAUCUUUGGAUUAAAGAGUCAUGAUUGUCACAUUAUUAUGGAGCAAUUGCUACCAAUAGCAAUUCGUAAUGUGCUGCCAAAGGAGGUUGUUACAGUCUUAGUAGAGCUUUCCUCUUUUUUCAGAGAACUUUGUCUUAAAAGUUUGAGUUUGGCGGAUCUAGAAAAGCUACAAGAUCGCAUUGUGCUCACACUUUGCCACAUGGAGAUAUUAUUCCCACCAUCGUUCUUUACUGUAAUGGUCCAUUUAACUGUCCAUCUAGUAGAUGAAGCAAUACAAGGUGGUCCGGUACAUUACAGGUGGAUGUAUUUUGUUGAAAGAUUGUUAGGUCAUUUUAAGUCCCUCGUAGGGAAUAAGGCUCAACCAGAAGGUUCCAUAGCUGAAGGUUACAUUGUUGAAGAAGCUCUAACUUUUUGUUCUCGUUACUUUGAGGGGAUUGAGUCAAGGCUUAAUAGGCCUAGACGUGUGAAUGAUAAACCAAAUCUUAAUGAGGCUUCUGAAAUGUCCUCUAUCUUCCCUCCGCAAGGUAAACCAGUUGGAGGCUCCUCAACGUUCCCCUUGACUCCAUUGGUGAAGACGCAAACUCAUCGAUAUGUGUUAUUUAAUUGUGCGGCAGUGAAGCCAUUUAUUGAGGAUUACAUAAGAAAGAACACAAGAGGACGGAGACCUUCAGCAUCAGAUUUGGAGAGGAGGGUUAAUAGAGAAUUUCCUGAUUGGUUCCCAAAACGGCCAAGUGAUGCAGCUAGUGGACCCGUUUCACCGACGGAUGCAAGAAGAUCUUCUGGCGGAAGUAAUCCCAGUGACAACCAUUGA